AUGGAAGAUGAAUAUUAUCUGAGGGUGCUUGUUAACAUUGUCAGAGGACCUUGUUGUUUUGAUGACAUCAAGACAUAUAAUGGUGUUGUAUACGAAUCGUACAAAGAAGCAUGUUUUGCACAUGGAAUUUUAGAUGAUGAUCAAGUUUUCAUUGAUGGUUUGAUUGAAGCAGAAGCUCAGAUUAGAAACUACACUCUUCAAGAAAUAGAGAUGAUUAUGUUGUUUAAUGGUGGAACUCUCAGAGACAUUGCACAUUUCCCUCAACCAUCACACGAAGAUAUUGAUAAUUCCAACCGGUUAAUUGUUGAUGAGAUGAGAUAUAACCGUGAGUUUUUGGCAGAAAAACAUGCUGAAUGGAUAAAAAUGCUAACGAUUGAGCAGAGAAGCAUAUACGAUGAGAUCACCGGAGCUGUAUUCAAUGAUUUAGGUGGUUUUUUUUAUGGCUUUGGAGGAACAGAGAAAACAUUUGUGUGGAAAAAACUAGCAGCCGCUGUUAGAUCAAGAGGACAGAUUGUUCUUAAUGUCGCCUCCAGUGGCAUCACAUCUUUGUUGUUAGAAGGAGGUAGGACUGCUCAUUCAAGGUUUGAAAUCCCUUUAAAUCCUGACGAAUUUUCAGUUUGCAAAAUCAAGCCUAAAUCAGAUCUAGCUACCUUGAUCAAAGAAGCAUCACUUAUUAUCUGGGAUGAAGCUCCAAUGAUGAGCAAGUUCUGUUUUAAAUCUUUAGACAAAAGCUUUUCUGAUAUUAUCAAGAACAGAUAUAACAAGGGAUUUGGUGGAAAGGUGGUUGUUUUUGGAGGUGAUUUCAGACAAGUUCUUUCAGUAAUAAAUGGAGCAGGGAUGGCAGAAAUUGUUAUGUCAUCACUUAAUGCUUCGUAUCUUUGGGAUCACUGCAAGGUCCUAAAGUUGACUAAAAACAUGCGACUACUAUCAGACAAUAUAAGUGUGGAUGAAGCUAAAGAUAUCCAAAAAAUUUCAGAUUGGUUAUUGGCUGUUGGUGAUGGUAGGAUUAAUGAGCCUAAUGACGGUGAGGCUCUAAUCGAUAUCCUAGAAGAAUUGUUGAUUGAAGAAGCAGAAAAUCCAGUAGCAGUAAUUUUUAAGAAAAUUUAUGGAGAUCCAACACAAAUGCACAAAGAAAAUGGUGCUAAAUUCUUUCAAAAGAGAGCUAUUUUAGCACCGACCAAUGAUGAUGUCAACACAAUGAACAAGUUUAUGCUAGAGCAUUUGCAAGGGGAAGAAAGGAUCUACCUAAGUGCUGAUAGUAUAGACCCUACAGAUUCAGAUUCACUGAACAAUCCGGUAAUUACUCCAGAUUUCUUAAACAAUAUCAAGCUAUCAGGUUUGCCACACCAUGCUUUACGUUUGAAAAUUGGUGCGCUGGUUAUGUUGCUUAGGAAUAUUGAUCCAAAAGUUGGGCUGUAUACUAAACUGCCAUUCAAGAUGCGUAGAAGACAGUUUCCACUAUCUGUUGCAUUUGCUAUGACCAUCAAUAAGAGUCAGGGACAGUCUCUAGAGAAAGUAGGACUUUACUUGCCUAAACUUGUGUUCUCUCAUGGCCAACUUUAUGUGGCAUUGUCUAGGGUGCCUCAUUAUCAAUAG